AUGUGGUACUCUCAGUGCUCGCCAGAAACAGUCAUGACUAUCGACUUUCGUGUGGCCACAGUCCAAAGCCCUAUGGACCUUUCAAGCAUACUCAAUCCAUAUCCCACGCCACCGAGGUCCGAAGAUGAGAUGAUGAUACAAGAGGAUGAUGAGAUGACAGACAGCUCAUCAGAUUCGGAGCUUCGACGCUUUCAUACGCCUCAGCCCAUGGAAAUUGACGGAGAGAUCCCGUGGUUUCAUCGUCCUUCUCCUGCUCAAGUCUAUAGCCAGCUUCCCCCAAUUCAGUUGGCUCCGGAACAGCAAUAUUCAAUGCCUUCACAUCGAACAUUAUCAGGUCCAGGAUAUGCUCAAGUCCUCACGCUGCAGAGAUCUUGCGAGACAGUUCUGAUUAGCGCAGCCCGGCAGACAAACACCAUUCAUGCACCGCGGCACCGUCACCACUGCCUCUCCCACCGUCGUUCAAGACUGCCUCCGGGGUAUACCAGGCCAUCUAUAUCUUUCGCUGUAAUGAGAAAAAAGAGAAACCUGACCGGAACCCAGUCUAACCGGGCAUACACCCAGGAGCAGAUGCAUUGGCUCCGAUAUCACCGUAUAGACUGCGAUAUGCACUAUCACCAGAUGUACGCCAUGUGGCUGCGCCAAUUUCCGCAGCUAGAAGACAGACGCGGUGAUGGACAGCAAUUCAGCAGCCGUCUCUACCGAGACCACCGUGUUCCAGUGAUGGAUGACGAGGGAUGCCCCGUCUACGACGCGGAAGGCAAGCCCGAAUACAUCUACUGCAAGAUCCGGGACAAGAAAGAUGCCGAGCACAAGGACAUCCCGUUCAAGCUCGUCGAGAAGCACCCCGAAUGGGCCAUCUACUGGGACUGGGUCAGUCCCGCGCACAAGGCCAUGGCUCAGAAAAUCCUCGACGGGAAGGACCUCGACUUUGCGCAGACCAAGAAGGAGAAGUACCGUCGGGCGAUCCUGAAACUGGACCCGAAGACAUUGCCCAAGGGGUGGUACCCGACGCCUGCACACCACGCCGAGGCCAUGCUGAAGCUCUGCGAAUCUCAAUCCGAGAAUACGGCAUCAGUAGCGGCAGGCUCCGUGAGCUCUUCCCAAUCGACUAUCCCGUCUUCCGGCUGGACGGGGGGGGCACCGCAGUAA